UAACGCGAUAUGUUCCUGCACAGCCUUAAUGUUGCUUUUUAUUUUUGGAUCUUGACAUUCAGAGUUGCCCUUUCGCUGUGAAGGCAGCAGAGCUGUGCAUUUCUGUAACAUGGAUUGACCCUCGAAGGACUAACGUUAGCAGGACAACAGUAAUGGAUUGAUAUUGGUUAUUUUAACAGGCGAGUCCGUAAUUAUGACCAAAGAAGAUGAAAUUCCAGAAUGGGUUGGAGCUCAGGACUUCUAUGAGAAAUAUGAUCCAAAGGAGAUCCUCGGAAGGGGGGUAAGCAGUGUGGUUCGUCGUUGUAUCCAUAAGCGCAGUGCCCAGGAAUACGCUGUCAAGGUCAUAGACAUCACUCCCUCAGAUAAGAUGAGCCCAGAAGAGAUCGAGGAGAUCCGAAAUGCCACGAUUAAGGAAAUAGAUAUCCUCAAGAAAGUCUAUGGGCAGGAAAACAUUAUUCAGCUGAAAGAUUGCUAUGAAACUAAAGCUUUCUUCUUCUUGGUGUUUGAUUUGAUGAGGAAAGGAGAGCUUUUUGAUUACCUAACCGAGAAGGUCACACUCAGUGAAAAAGAGACGAGGAAGAUUGUGCGGUCCUUGUUGGAGGUGGUUCAGUUCCUUCACUCUCAAAACAUUGUCCACAGGGAUCUUAAGCCGGAGAACAUUCUUUUGGAUGACAAUAUGAACAUUAAACUCACCGAUUUUGGCUUUGCUGUGCAGAUUGCCCCAGGACAAAAACUUAAUGAGGUAUGUGGAACACCAGGUUAUCUAGCUCCAGAGAUUAUCGAGUGCUCUAUGGAUCCUCACCACCAAGGUUACGGAACCGCAGUAGAUCUCUGGAGUGCUGGGGUGAUCAUGUACACCCUCCUUGCGGGUUCACCUCCCUUUUGGCACAGAAAGCAGAUGCUAAUGCUACGUAUGAUCCUGGCCGGUAACUAUCAGCUCACCUCUCCGGAGUGGGACGACCGUUCAGACACUGUCAAAGACUUGAUUUCCAGGAUGCUGGUGGUAAAUCCUGAGUUGCGGUACACUGCAACAGAUGCCUUAAACCACCCUUUCUUCCAACAGUAUGUGGUCGCAGAGGUGCGGCACUUUAGCCCAUACAGGAAGUUCAAGGUCAUCUGCAUUACAGUUCUGGCUACAAUGCGCAUUUAUUGCAAUUAUCGACGUGCCAAGCCAGUUACCAAGGAAGUGAUCAAGAGUGACCCCUAUGCACUAAAACCUAUUCGCAAGCUCAUCGAUGCAUGUGCUUUCAAGAUCUAUGGCCACUGGGUCAAGAAGGGCCAGACACAGAACAGAGCUGCUCUCUUUGAGAAUAGCCCAAAAGCUAUCUUGCUUUCUCUAGCAGCAGAAACGGAUGAUUCAUCUCUCCGAAUGAUGUAAUGAAUGUAAAACACAUUACUGAAACUAAGAUACAGCGGAUGACACCUAUUGAACGCACGCAUCUGGCCCGAAGUUAACUUACGUUCUGUGUUUGGUAGCUAGUAAUAUAACAAUAUAUUUUAUAUUAAAUGUAUAUUUAUAUUAAUAUUUCAUUGUAUAUGAAUUGUAUUAAAUUAAAUUAAAUUAAAUUAAAACUAUGUUGUUGCCACUGAAACCAUCUGUACUGGACAGCAUGUUCAUGUAAAAAACACACUUUAAAUGUGUGGGGGUAUGACAAACACCUCAUAUCUCUGCUUUUGAACAUGAAUAAACAUGAACACGAAUGCACUUUUUGAUUUGCUUGCAAAGCAAAUAUUAUUUUGCUCUAAAGAGUUGCAUUAUUGGCUUACGAUGUUUAAAUGUAGUUACUUUGUAUUUUAAAAUGGAAAUGUUUUAUGUGUUACACCUGGAUACUUGAAGUUCCUCCUCUAUGCUAAUAAAAGUCAUCUUUUGAUUA